AUGCGACUAGACCCGCUCCCUCUCCUCCCGCUGCUCCUUACCUCAGCCCGAGCCGCUGUCCGAGAAGACUACUCCGACAACACCGACACAUCCUCCCCAUUCCACCUACCGCUCUUCGACAGAAAUAAUAAUAAUCAUAAUAAUAAUGGAAACCCGAUCUUUAUCGACAGUCGCAAUGCGAAAGAGGCUGUAGCACUAGAAAGGCGCCAGAAUCAGUGUCCGGCAGGUUUCAACAGCUGCGCCUUGCUAGGUGCUGCCGGUGCAUGCUGCCAGUCCAAUGCCGUCUGCUCGCGCGACGAUGCGAAUCACAUCGCCUGCUGUCCCAGCGGAUCGAUGUGUACUGGUAAACUGACAGUCCCCUCCCAAACCACCUCCACCAACUUCAUGUUCCCCCAGCCAGGCACCGCAACAACCACUCCACCCCUAACCCCAACUCCCACCGCACCGGGAACCGCCUCGGUUGUCCCCAACGCCCCAUAUCCGUUUACUGUCAUCCCAACCACCUUUUCCAACCAAGAAGCCUGCGUCACCGCCUACUCAGGCUGCCAGGCGCAAUUCUCCAGCUGUACGGCGGCGCUGGGAGGUGUGCACGGCGUCACUGUUGGGGGUUGGAACGGGCAGGGGAUAACGGUAGCCGGUUACGCGCCGACAGCGGGGAAUCCGCAGUCUGUCUGCUCAAGUUUGAGCACGGCUGCUUGCCAUGGGUUACAGGUUGGGUAUUGUACGGCGUUUAGGGGUGGAGUGGGCUCCGGAGGGAUUGGACGGAAUGGGGGUUGGAGUGGGAAUGGAUUGUUGUAUGAUAUUGCGGCUGGGGUUGUAGUUGCGGUUGCGGGGAUGAUUGUUUGA